AUGAUUCUUAAUACGAGGAGAGAAGAUGGAAAUUUUUGGAAGCUCGUAGAAAAAUAUCAUAUCCAUCCACGAGUUCUUAAAGUGAUUAGAAUAUGUGGAUUGUAUGGUGUUUACAGAGCUAAUCGGUUUGCUAUCGACCGUAGUUUGAUCACUGCAUUAGUUGAGCGAUGGCAUCUCGAAACUCAUACUUUUCACUUUAGGACAAGUAAAGCAACAGUCACCUUACAGGACUUAGAGGUGUUGUAUGGAUUACCUGUAAAUGGUGAUCCAGUACUUGGUAAUGAGACGAUAAAGACCAUAGGGAAUUGGCAAAACAUUUGUCAAAGAUUAUUAGGUUUCAUUCCAUCUCGUGAAGACUUCAAAGCAAAUUUCCUCAAGGUCGCUGCAUUUAAUGCAUACAUGCUAAGCCAACCAGAGUUGCUGAACACGGCAACACAAGAUAUGAUCAAUCAGAAGGCCAUAUGUUACAUAUUCUGGAUGAUUGUGGGUAUGUUGAUGGCGGAUACAUCUGGUGGUUAUUUGAAGCUUAUGUACUUCCCUAUGCUUGAGGACAUCGAUAAAAUUGGGUCUUAUAGUUGGGGGAGUGUGACCUUAUAG